AUGGCCCUCAACUCCCUCCCUCGCCGAUCUGUCCUCCGGGCCGUCCUCGGUACCCUCCUGGUCCUGCUCCUCGCCUCGACGGCGAUAAUCGCCGUGUUUAACCUCGUGCACCUGGCAACCCUGGUCUCCGCCAGGCCGGCGCUCUCCUUCCUCGACGCCUCCGCCUCCGCCUCUCCGUCCCCGGGGAACCACUACGAGACUCUCGGGGUGCCCCUGUUCGCUCCCGACGCGGCGAUCCGGGCCGCGUACCUGCGGGAGUCGCGGCGGCACCACCCGGACAAGGUGGCGGCGGCGGCGGCGGCGGCGGCAGCGGAGCAGCGCGAGGCAGCCGUCGUCCGCAUGCGCCGCGUCGGCGACGCCUACCGCGCGCUCACCGGCCCCGGCCGCUGCCGCUACGACUUCGAGCUCGGCGGCGGCGCCGCGCGCCUCGUCGCCUGCGACGCCGCCCGGAUCCGCCGCGACUUCGACGACUUCGAGAGCCGCCGCCGCGACGCGGAGCGCCAGCAGCCGCCGGGGGAGAAGGAGAAGAAGACGGCCGGCCCAACGACGGGGGACCUGCGUGGGCAAGCCGAGGGGCCGACGAGGACGGCCGGGGCCUGGAGCUCCGGAAAUUCGACUCUCACCGUCAGGAUCGAUCUCCUGAAGGAUCUGAACAGGUUCGUAAUCGGUGCGAGGGAUGCGUGUUUCGCUAUCGCGGCUUGGGUCUCCUCGUAUCUUGGGCACUGA